GCUUGCUUUUCCAUUGCUUUGCAGGAGUUCAGAAGUUUGAGCUCCCACUGAAGUAUGGUCUGUGGAGGGGCGGGGCUCUCUGUCUCCAAUGAGGUGCCUUCAGUGUCGGGCAAGCCUAUCAUCUUUCGCAGGAGUGCUUACUCUGUAAUCCAAGGGAUAGCCACGCAGCCUGUUUUAUUGUUUGUGGAGUCCUGCGGCUAGGAGCGCUUCCCAGACGGGAAGGAGGGCAAGUGGGCGGUUUAUGAUUCUUCCCUGGGCCGGGACAACAGAGCCGAACCCUUUGAUUUCUCCUGAGUAACCUGUGUGGGUGAACUUUAAACUAGGAGCCUGCUUGACGCUGGAUCUUUUUCUGCAGGGUGAGGACUUAGCUCCAGAAGCCUGGCUGUCUGCCUUAAGAGGGAAAGAUGCCCUGGAGAGGCGUAGCAUUACCUUUAGGGAUGCUAGCCAUGCAGCCAAGAGUCGGGAUACCUUGGCUCUUCUUCACAAAGUCUUGGCAAGUGUGUCUGAAAUGACUGUACUGUUUAUUUUUCUAAAGCUUGUACUUCUAUUUAUUAUUAUUAUUUUUUAUUUUUGCCUGAGAACCUCCCGCCAGAAAUUGGUGCUACAAUGUGUCUAGAGUAAACCAUAUUUUUUUUAAAAUUAUCUUUAAUCCUUCAUUUUCCUUUUAAUCGGGCACGCAGAAGCACAAAGCCUGCCCGACUUCCAGCGUUAAGAGGGAAGGGGCAGGCCCCUUUCAAGGAUCCGGGCCAAUUCUAAAAAGCCAGCAUUUUGUUUGUUGGGCUGCCCUUUGUCUCUAGAGGGUUUUGAUGUGAAAGAAGAUGAAAAAGGAAGGCUCCUCAGGUUCCUUCGGAAUCAAGGCAAGCCCAGGCUCCCUCUCACGUGCCGUGAGUUGGAUACAUUUCUCCUCCCUGUCCAGGCAGACAAAGAGGCUGUUUCGCAGUGAUGGAGAGCUGUCCGUUUGUGGGCACCAGGUGGAGGCGGAUGAUGAGAACUGGAUAUACAGGACCCAGCCCAGAAAAGCGGUUUCCAACUUGGACGAGGAGAGUCGAUGGACUGUCCACUACACGGCACCAUGGCAUCAGCAGGAGAACGUGUUCCUUCCCGCCACAAGACCACCCUGUGUUGAGGACCUGCACCGCCAAGCCAAGCUCAACCUCAAAUCAGUGCUGAGGGAAUGUGACAAGCUGAGGCGAGAUGGCUGCCGAAGUUCUCAGUACUACUCUCAGGGACCCACGUUUGCCGCCGGCUCCAGCCCGUGCGACGAUUAUCAAGAUGGAGAUACAGAAACAGACCGGAAGUGUUCUCUCUCUUCAUCUGAAGAAGAAAGAUUUAUCGGAAUCAGGAGACCUAAAACACCAACCUCAGGUGACUUCUCCGACCUUCAUACUCAGACAAACUGGACCAAGUCCCUGCCGCUGCCAACACCAGAAGAGAAGACACGGCAGCAAGCCCAGACGGUCCAGGCUGACGUGGUUCCUAUUAACAUAACUGGGGAGAAUUUCGAUCGUCAGGCCAGCCUUCGGCGGUCUCUAAUUUACACAGACACUCUGGUAAGACGACCGAAGAAAGUCAAAAGGAGAAAGACUAUUUCAGGAAUCCCUGACAUCAUUCAGAAGGAGCUAGCAUCAGCCACUGGCCAAGAUGAUGAUGGUAGUGCCCAUUCGCUGUACGUCCCAGACCACUACUCUACGUUAGGAAGGCUUGAUAGUUAUCGGUCCACCGGGCAAUGCUUGGAAACCAGGGAUACCAGCUGUCAGACCGAAGACGUGAAGGUCAUCCCACCAUCAAUGAGAAGGAUCAGGGCUCACAAGGGGGUAGGCAUUGCUGCCCAGAUGAGCCACCUCUCAGGUUCCUCAGGAAACAUGUCUGUGCUGAGUGACUCAGCCGGUGUUGUGUUCCCAUCUCGCCUCAAUAACGAUACUGGUUUCCACAGUCUUCCACGUACCGGCCCGAGAGCAAGCACCUAUUCACUGGAGGGAAGGAUGGGUGCCCUGGGCUCUACUGAAGAUACCGAUGACACUUGUCCCUACCAGGGGGAUAGCUCACAGGGGCAUGAAAACUUUGCGCAUUUAGGAGGUGCCUCGAGUACUGGGAUGCUUUCGAGGCCCAAAUCCCAGCAGUUGAGGUUUUUGGAGAGUCCAGCAUGUGUGGUUUCACCUCAUGCAGCCUACUCUACCAGUGUCAUCCCAAAUGCCACGCUACUGUCCUCUUCAGAGGUUAUUGUCAUUCACACUGCUCAGAGUGCAGGACAGCUGGACAGUAGAACACCCGGUUCAUCUUCAUAUUCAAAGAUAAAACCCAGAGACCGUCCCACACCCAGAUGUUCUGUGAAAGAUGACCAUCAGUCCCCCAGUCAUCACUGGAAUGAGGGUCAUCUCAUUCAUUCACGGGCUUUAGCCUCCUCUGCCCCCGGUGCCACCACACUGUUAUCCCUCCAUGAUUCAGAGGUCUCUCUAAAUGCCUCAGCAAACAGGGAGAAUGGAUCCCAAGCCAUACUCUAUCAUUGUAGAAACAACCCAAGCUUUCCUGACCACCCUUCAGAUGUGGAUGGCAAAAGCGAGUGUAGUUAUUCGGGGGACAGGGGAUGUGGCAGUUCUGAGCCCUGGGAAUAUAAAGCCUCCAGCAAUGGGCAGGCAUCCCCACUGAAGCCACACCUGGCAACUCCUGGUUGCUCUACUCCCACAAGUAACGUGAGCAGCUGCAGUUUGGACCAAACAUCUCUCAAGGGGGAUACCAGGUCCCUGUGUUCAGAGGACCAUGAUGGUUACUAUACUACCACUCACGAGGCUGGGAACCUGUACAGUCUCAGUGAUGGCUUCGGGAACCCCAGGCACAGCAUGGUCAAUGUUUUUGAUGGAAGGGCUCAGAGAAGCCAAGGGGAUCAGGCCGCUCACCAGGAUAAAAUCCUUUCGAGAAACAUCUCUCUGAAGAAAGCAAAGAAACCUCCCCUGCCACCAUCCCGGACCGAUUCUCUGCGAAGGAUUCCCAAAAAGAACAACCAGACAAACGGUCAGGUGCUCAAUGAGAGCCUGAUCGCCUCGCUCCAGCAUUCACUGCAGCUAAGCUUCCCUGGCAAGGGCAGCAGCUCCCCUUCCCAGAGCCCCUGCAGUGACUUUGAGGAACCCUGGCUCCCCAGGUCCAGAAGCCAGAGCAUUGUUAGCGAGGGUAGUAGCUUGACCUCCACCACCACUCCCAAUGUGUAUUCUCUCUGCGGGGUCACUCCGUCCCAGAGCGACACAAGCAGCGUCAAGUCGGAAUACACGGACCCUUGGGGUUACUACAUUGACUACACAAGCUUGCAGGAAGAUCCAGGGAACCCCACCGGGGGCUGCUCAGCCAACACUGAGGCAGCAACUGGAAACGGGCCAGUACGCCACAUCCAGGAGGGGUCGAGAGUCCCAGUGCCCCAAGUGCCGGGCUGCUCAGUUAGACCAAAGAUCACCUCACCAGAGAAGUCACAGAGAGUCACCUCUCCAUCCAGUGGGUAUUCUAGCCAGUCGAAUACACCCACAGCACUCACCCCUGUGCCUGUGUUUUUAAAAUCAAUGUCACCAGCAAAUGGAAAGGGGAAGGCCAAACCCAAGGUACCAGAAAGAAAAUCGUCUCUGAUCUCUUCUGUGUCCAUCUCAUCAUCGUCCACUUCUCUCUCUUCUAAUACUUCUACCGAAGGAAGUGGGACCAUGAAGAAACUGGAUUCAACCCUGGCCUCGGCCCUUGCCCCUCCCCCUCCUCCUCUUCCCCCUCUGCCUUCUCUGGGUCUGGCAGACAAGUCCCCUUUUCUUCCACCUCCUCCUCCUCUAGCAGAUUGCUCCGAGGGCUCUCCUCUGCCACCCUCUCCCAUGUUCCCCCCUCCACCACCAGAAGCCCUUGUUCCCUUCUGCUCCCCCACCGACGGGUGCCUUUUUCCUUCUCCCACAGCAGUUAGCCCCUCUCUUCCAAGAUCCUCGCCUCCUGUGCCAGCACCUCCACCUUUAUUGCCCUCCUCAGGACCCCCGCCCGCUCCGCCUCUGGACCCCAAACUCUUGAAAGAAAACAGGCCCUUUUUCAAAAACUCUAGCCAGUCCGAAUCCUCUAGGGAGGCCCGUAGGCGGCCUGCCAACAAGGAGGAGGGCUGCCGACCCCCCAUGCCCCUGAUCACCACAGAAGCUUUGCAGAUGGUGCAGUUGAGGCCAGUGAGGAAGAACUCAGGUGCCGAGGCAGUCCUGUUUUCUGAACCAUCAGCUCAGGAACAACGAACUCCAACUGCUCCACAGUAUCACUUAAAGCCAUCUGCUUUCCUCAAAUCCCGAAAUAGCAUAAAUGAAAUGGAGAGUGAAAGCCAGGCUGCCUCUGUGACGAGCUCGCUUCCGAUGCCUGCCAAGAGCCAGAGUCAGGGUGACCAUGACAGUGCAGUCGAGCGUGGCGGCCUUCCGAGCUGCAGUGAUGGAGCUCCAGGCCCGGGUCCCAGCCUCAGGACCACUCUGCUCCCAGACUCUUCACCCAGCAGGAAGCCACCCCCCAUCUCCAAGAAGCCCAAACUGUUCCUGGUGGUACCACCUCCGCAGAGAGAUUUCACAGCGGAGCCCACAGAGAACGGGAGCGAAGCUUUCCCAGGCGUGCCCAGCCCUACCAGGGCAGAGGGGGAAGCUGUGCGGAGCCAAGAGGAGAAAUCCAGCCCAGCAUACCGAGCUGGCUCUCAUGCUACGGCUCCUACCCCCGGCAGUCCGGCUCUAGAACCAGGAACUGCAGGGUCCUUAUCCCCUGGCAUUGUGGAAGCCAAUGCCCCCAUGGUCCAACCUAAUACAUCACCGGGCCCCACACAGGAAGAGUCAGGCGAGAGCACUGUGGAUGGUGAGAGAAAUGCGAAGAGCUGCCUGUCUCAACAGGGCAGAGAAGCUGGCUUGCUGGAACCCGACAUAGCUGCCUCCUCUACAGACCCUGCGGACUUCUCUAAGGAAGAGGGAAGCGAUGAGGUGCUGACUCCGACUAAACCCAGGACAACAGAAGACCUGUUUGCAGCCAUUCACAGAUCUAAAAGGAAAGUCCUUGGCCGGAAAGACUCAGAAGACGACCACACUCGAAAUCACUCUCCCUCCCCGCCUGUGACACCCACGAGUGCUGCCCCUAACCUGGCCUCUCCAAAGCAAGUAGGGUCUAUCCAGAGAAGCAUAAAAAAGAGCACUACCAGCAGUGACAACUUCAAAGCUCUGCUGCUAAAGAAGGGGAGUCGCUCGGACACCAGCGCUCGCAUGUCAGCGGCUGAGAUGCUCAAGUCUACGGACCCUCGCUUCCAAAGAUCUAGGUCGGAGCCUUCGGCCGACAUCCCGGACAGCCCAUCCAGCUGCUCCCCCAACAAGAACAGGAGAGCUCAGGAAGAGUGGGCCAAAAACGAAGGUCUGAUGCCUCGGAGUCUGUCCUUUUCGGGCCCUCGGUACAGCCGCAGCAGGACACCACCAUCUGCGGCCAGCAGCAGGUACAGCAUGCGGAACCGCAUCCAGAGCAGCCCCAUGACUGUCAUCUCCGAGGGAGAGGGAGAACCUGCUGAGCCAGCGGACAACAAAGCACGCAGGGCCCUGGAUGCUACCAAGGUGUGCUCUCUGGACAGACUGACGGGGCAGGAGAUGGACCGGGACAGCCUGCUCUGUAGCGAGGAGCCUGCCUCUGUGGAUGGGAUAGGAAGGGCUGAGGGCAACGGUCCCUCGGAGCAGUGUGGGGGUACCGAACAGAAGAGUUAGUAUCAGAGCCUGCCUCUCAUGAGUGAGGCAGGAAGGUGAGCUGUGCAUCACUCUAGGAAGUCUCUGUGGCCUUUUCCUGGCUUGUGGGGACCCCACUCAGCAUUGGUGUUGGGGAGGUCUCGGCCUUUCGGGUCUCUUAGGACUCGCUCGCCGUGUGGCUUAAAAGCAAGUAGAAGCAUCAACUUCUGAAAGUGCUUCCUGGGGAAGAUGGUUUGGUUUUGUUGUUUCGUUUUGUUUUUCCCAAAAUGCUGGGUGUGUGUAUAUGUGUGAAUUUUGAAGACUUCAUUCUAACAAAUACACACACUAACGUUACGUAUAGAAAUAGGAGAAAAGGUCAGAGUUCAAGUAGGGUAACGAGAGUCCACUAGACCAGGGUGAAAAGUGGUUUCAACGCAUUACGGGUGUGGGAAUGUGUAAGUUCACGAAGAGACUGGAAGCCGUUACUUCUAACAGUCAGUGGGCUGGUUCUAAGUAUAGAACAUGUCUGUGUGUGCACUUACUCAAGACACACGGGAAACCAGGAAGGGGCUGGGAAGUGGCUAAGCAACUCAUUGGUUCAGGUACUUUAGGGGGCAGGGGAGGCCUUGCUGCAGCUGCCUCCUUCUCCUCCCUCCUCCCUCCUGCUCCUCCCUCUUCCUCCUCCUGCUCCUCCCUCCUCCUUCUCCGCUUGUAAAAAUUACACGAAUGGAAGUGGCAAGGCUGUGUCCUGUGCCUACUGCAUACAUUUCUAGCCUUGAUAUCAGAAGCAUGGGUGGGUUUUUAGUUUUUUUUUUUUUUUUUUUUAAUGAAUUCCUUCCUGGAGUUGUUAUAGAAGAAUGAAGAAGGAAGGAAGAGAGGCAUCGUGAGAGAUGGGUAGGGGAGUGAUUAAUACUGCUGGAUUUGUUUCCUGCUUAUUAAAUAAAAUAUUUUCACAAUGAACUCAGAAAACACGCACUGUAGAAUUAUGGGUGAAGCUUUUCUUUUAAAGAGUCGGUUUGUUUUACAAUCAGAGUUUUAACUUCCAUGUGACAGUUUGUCACUUGAAAUGUGACACCUGGCAUUUUCUAACUUUUGGCUAUACCAAAGAAAAAUAAUAUGUCUAUUUUUCACCCCUGAACUGCUUACAGCAUCUUGUUUUAAUUUAGAAGGGCUUACCAAAAUCUAUUAUAUAUUCUCUCCCUUUGAAGAAAAUGGUGACUCUAGUUAGUGACUGAAAUUGAUGAAAAUCGGUAGGGCGUGGCUAUGAACUAGCCCUGGGAAAUGAGUUUUUAGAUUAAAAAGAUAUUUUUCUUUUGCACAGCCUGGUUUGUAUGAUUUUAUAUUUGUUUAUGAGUUGAGUUGCUGAGUCCCUUCGAGGCUCCUCCCAUCAGAAUUGCAAAUGUGCUUUAGAACCGGGAUUAAAGUGUACAACCGUAUUUAUUUUAAUAUCACCUCCUUGGGCUCCUUGCCCACUGCCAGGUUCUGUGUAUCCAGCCGAAGCACACGCUACCUUAGUCUCACAGUGGCUACACUGACCUUCUAAAGCUGCUGGCAGUGGCCACUGACAAUGUGUGACAGUGUCUGGAAGUCAAACCACACAAGCCAAAGCAUCCCAAGGCUUCUUCCACAGAACCUUUGAUAGCCAUUUCAGAUACAUCUCUGAGGAGAGAAUCUAGCAAACAAAGCACGCCUCACGGCCACAAAUGAUGACCUGACAUGUGGCCUCAGAGAUCUUUUUUUUUUUUUUUAAUCCGCUGUGUCACUUUUCAACUGCGUGGGCACACAGAUCAUCUCCUGUAAAUCUUAGGCCAUGUUGACAUUUGAAUACCUAAAAGAGAUUAGAAUGUAUGUGGAUAUCAGAAAUCUUGAACUUAAUAUAUCACUAUUUGUUUGAUAAGCAGCAUUAGAACUAAUUAUAAAAUGAUUUAAAAUCCCUCAUUUAAAAGGUAUUUAUUAGGUUUUAAGUUUGUUUUCAAUAAAACAAUUGUAAAGCCAGUAUUUGAAACGUCUUUGUAUGUGCAUUUAAUUCUUUCACGCUUUCCUAGAAGUACAUAUUGUAUAUUGAACAUAUCCUUUCUCACACCCCUCUUUCCUCGUCUCUCCACCUCCCAUUAGUUGCCUCGAUCCCUUAGACAGUUUAAUUUCUGCUUUUCAUGUACACACAGAUUUAAAUAACCUGACGUUUCUACUACUACAGAAUUAUUGAGUAUAUUCCUGGAUAUCCAGUAACCAGCAGUAAAAACCCAGGGGAUGUCUGGGGGGUGGG